AGGGCUGAACACCAACUCAUGAAAGCCGUCGUCAUUAAUAAGUUGCCUUUGGAUGACAUUCACAAUCAGUUUGAAGUUUUGAAGAAUAGUAUAUCAGAAGAGGAAUCGAAGCUGAAUGUGAGGACUAAUUGUCUGGAUCUACUGAAGACACCAAAUCUAAGGCGAAGUACACUUAUUAUGUACUUCACGUGGUUUGUCAACUCAUUCGUCUAUUACGGCAUUUCAUUAAAUAUCGGCGACUUUGGCGGCAAUCUAUUCGUCAGUUUCUUCAUCGCCGGACUCAUAGAGUUUCCGAGUUAUCUCUUCCCUAUAUUUGCGUUCAAAUAUGUCGGCCGACGGCCAGUCACUGCGGGUCUCAUGUAUUUCAGUGGUUUGUCGUGUUUUGCAAUAAUACCGUUCAUUUCGUAUCCAAUACUAUGGCUGAGAAUUACGGUCGCAAUGAUUGGAAAGUUUUUUAUUACCAGUUCUUAUGGUGUGGUCUAUGUUUACGCGGCGGAGAUAUAUCCCACUGUCAUUAGACAGGUAGGCGUCGGCUCGUGUUCAGUGGCCGCACGGGUGGGCUCUAUGUUGGCUCCAUUUGUGAAGGACUUGAAUGUAUACACCGGAAUGGGUGUCGUUUUGUCACUAUUUGGCACACUUUCAAUGGCCGACGGAAUAGCCAUUCAUUUUCUGCCAGAAACUCGUGGCCAACACAUC